AUGGUGUGUGCAGUGGUGGGUGGUAGAGAUUUCCCACCUGGUUUCAAAUUCGGGGCAGCAACAGCAGCAUACCAAAUAGAGGGAGCCUGGAAUGUAAGUGAUAAAUCUCCUAGUGUAUGGGACAGCCACGUCCAUGCCAAUCCUGAUCGAAUCAUCGACCGAUCGAAUGGCGACGUCGCUAGUGACAGUUACUACAAGUGGAAAGAUGAUAUUGAGAUCGCGAGCAAACUUGGCUUGCACUUCUACAGAUUUUCGAUCGCUUGGUCGAGAUUACUGCCUAAAGGCUUUGCGAACUAUAUCAGUGAAGAUGGAAAGAAAUACUACAAUGACCUAAUCGAUGGGUUACUUGAGAAGGGAAUCGAACCUUUGAUAACGCUGUAUCAUUGGGACUUACCACAGGUCUUACAAGACUUAGGUGGUUGGACCAACCCUUUGAUAUCCGACUGGUUUGCGGACUACGCACGCGUCGCAUACUCUCUUUUUGGAGAUCGUGUUAAAAUCUGGAUAACUCUAAACGAACCUGUGAUGUUCUGUGAUAUAGCGUAUAAUACUGGUGCUUUAGCACCAGGCGUCUAUAGUCCUGGAAGAGGAAGCUUCCUCUGUAACAAACAUUCGAUGAUCGCUCAUGCUAAAGCUUACAGAAUAUACGAUGAAGAGUUCAGACCCAAAUACAACGGCAAAGUAUCUCUUGCCAAUCAAAUUAUGUGGUUCGAACCAGCUACUGAAGAUGACGUUGAGAUUACAGAGAUAGCCAGACAAUUUAUGGCUGGAAUGUACUCUCAUCCUAUAUUCUCUAAGGAGGGUGGCUGGCCACCAGUCAUGGAAAGGAUCAUAGCGGAGAAGAGCAAGAAAGAAGGCCUAAACCAUUCAAGAUUACCACCUCUUACGCAAGAAGAAAUCGAACUUAUUCGAGGUACUUAUGACUUCUUUGGUCUCAACUUUUAUACUUCGAGAACUGUCCUUACUGCAAAAGAAGAAGAAAAGAUAGGCCCAUGGCCUUACAAAGGCUCGUCUGAUAUAGACGUUCAUCUUACAGUUAAACCUGAGUGGAAGAACGCAGGGACUAAGUGGUUCUUUAUAUAUCCUGAAGGUCUUCGCAAGCUACUCGUUUGGUUGAAAAAAGAGUAUGGAGAUAUGGAAAUAUUUAUCACAGAGAACGGCCUCGCUAGUUAUGACAUCGGUUUGGAUGAUCACGAUCGCGUAGAGUAUUAUAAAGAACAUUUGGAGCAGGUUCUUCUUGCAAUUCAAGAAGACGAAGUCAAGGUAACAGCGUAUACAGCCUGGACUUUGAUUGACAACUUCGAAUGGUUAGACGGUUACAGGUCCAAAUUUGGGUUGUAUCAAGUAGACUACGAGGAUCCAGAGCGCAAGCGGACACCAAGAGCAUCUGCGCAUUACUACGCUAGUGUUAUCAAGUGUCACUCAUUAGAUAUAGAUAAUAUAAUCUCGGAUGAGCUUUAAUUUUUUGUUUUAUUUUAAAUGUAGUAACAAUACCUUUUUUAUCAGUCUCCUAAUUGACUUUUUUUUCAUGUAAGUGAAUUUUGUUAUAAUUUCGAAUACAAGAGCCACUUAACCCGUUUCACUUUACUAUUUGUUCUUCAACAGAAUAAUAUAUACUAAUGUGAUUUAUGUCUAUUUCGACGUGUGUAACUAUUUAUUAAUAAAUUUUAUUAUUAGUCGUAAGAAAGACAGAAAUAAAAA